UUAUUCUAGACUAAAAGUAAUACAAGAACAUGAUAUGUUAUAUAUGAGAUUAUGCUUCUUACCUAUACUAUUGCAAGAUUUGCAACCAUUACAGAAAUCUAGGCUAUCUAGCAAUUUAACAAUAUAGUUUACCUGAUCUAUUUUUUGUUUUCCUCAUAAAAAAUGGCUAAUGAUGAACCUCAACAACUCCAUGUAGUUUUCUUCCCAUUCAUGGCAUAUGGCCACAUGAACCCCACCAUAGAUAUCGCGAAGCUCUUUGCAGCUCGAGGUGUCAAGGCAACCAUCAUCACCACACCUCAUAACUUAUCGAUCUUCACCAAGGCCAUUGAAAAGAGCAGACAAGUCGGAUCCCCUAUGAUUCAUGUUGAGCUCUUCGAAUUCCCAUCAACACAAUGUGGUUUGCCUGAUGGGUGUGAGAACGUAACUCAAGCCAUACCGAUUGGCAUGGUCUCGAACUUCAUGAAGGCAGUCAAGAUGCUAGAGGUGCAGCUCGAACAAUACUUGGAAAAUAUUCGACCAAACUGUCUGGUGUCUGAUAUGUUCUUACCAUGGACUACUGAAUGUGCAGCAAAGUUCGAUGUCCCUAGGGUGGUAUUCCAUGGAACUUGCUACUUUGCUCUUUGUGUUCAGGAAGUUGUUAGGCUACAUAAGCCUUAUUUAAAUGUUUCGUCUGAUGAAGAGCCAUUCAUCCUUCCUUCUCUACCCCAUGAGAUAAAGAUUACAAAAUUGCAAAUUCAAGAGGAUUUAAGGAAAGAAGAGCAAAGUGAUGCCAAAACAGAAUUUGAUUUGAUCAAAGAAUCCGAACUCAAGAGUUUUGGUGUAAUUGUUAACAGCUUCUAUGAGUUGGAACCUGAUUAUGCAGACUAUUUCAGUAAAGAAUUAGGAAGGAGGGCAUGGCAUAUCGGCCCUGCUUCGCUCUGCCAUAGGAGCAUUGAGGACAAAGCGCGAAGAGGGAAUCAAGUUUCGGCAGAUGAACACGAGUGCUUACAAUGGCUGAACUCUAAGCAAGAGGAUUCAGUCAUUUACAUGUGUUUCGGAAGCAUGACUCAAUUUUCAGUUACUCAGCUGCGUGAAAUUGCAGUAGCUUUAGAAGCUUCCGAACAAGAUUUCCUUUGGUUUGUAAAGAAUGAUGAGGACUUAAAGAGUGAAGAGUGGCUGCCACCAGGAUAUAAACAAAGGAUGGAAGGCAAAGGCCUAAUACUAAAAGGUUGGGCUCCGCAGCUGCUCAUCUUAGAGCAUGAAGCCGUAGGAGCAUUCGUGACUCAUUGUGGGUGGAACUCGAUCCUAGAAGGCAUCACUGCCGGUGUACCUAUGAUUACAUGGCCUGGUUUCGCCGAGCAAUUCUACAACGAAAAAUUAGUGACCAAGGUAUUAAAGACCGGGGUCCCUAUUGGAGCUAAGAAAUGUCGUUGGGAUCCUUACAUCGACGAUUUGGUGAAUUGGGACGCAAUAGAGAAGGCAUUGAGAGACAUAAUGGAGGGAGAUGAGGCGCGGCAGAGGAGAAACAGGGCAAAGGAGCUGAAGGAGUUGGCACUAAAGGCUGUUGAAGAAGACGGUUCAUCAUAUUCGAAUUUAGGUGCAUUUAUCAAUGAAUUAAGGCAUUAUCAUGCUUAAAUGCAUGAUGUAUUUAGUCAAUCAGUAUAGUUCUUAACAUCUUCAGACUUCUAAAUCUUCUUGCCUAUGACAUGAUCAGGACCAAUUUUUUAAUAUAUAAUUGUCACUCUUUUAAUUGUCUCU